ACUUCAAUAUUAAUAUCAACGUAGCGAAUCAAAUACGCGUAGUGAAAACUACAAUGGCUACGAGUGAAAGCGGCGACGGGAGCCACAACCCUGCUUUUGACCCGGAUUUGGAUACUCCGGCCAACCCGGAUCACGAGUUUGCUGAGUUCGGUGCCGGUUGUUUCUGGAGUGUGGAGCUGGCUUUUCAGCGAGUUGUGGGAGUUGUGAAGACUGAAGUUGGAUAUUCACAGGGUCAUACACCGGAUCCGACCUACAAAUUGGUCUGUACCGGAAGUACUAACCAUGUUGAAGUGGUUCGGGUUCAGUUUGACCCGAAAGUGUGUCCUUACGGUAAUCUCUUGGAUCUCUUUUGGUCACGACAUGAUCCCACUACCCUCAAUCGCCAGAGAGGUGAUGUAGGUGUACAAUAUAGAUCAGGAAUCUACUACUACAAUGAAACCCAGGCUCAUUUAGCUCAAGAAUCAAAAGAAGCUGAACAGUUGAAGCAGAAGAACAAAAUUGUAACUGAAAUACUUCCAGCAAAGAGGUUUUAUAGAGCUGAGGAAUAUCAUCAACAAUAUUUGGAGAAGGGUGGAGGCCAAGGCAACAGUCAGUCUGCUGAAAAGGGUUGCACUGAUCCCAUAAGGUGCUAUGGCUAAUGACUUGGUUCAAAUCUUAUGUAUUGGUUUUUAUCAGCCAUGUAUUUUGAAUAUGAAUAUAAUAAGUGAUCAACAUUCAACACACAUUCUAGAAUAUGAAUUCUAGAACUCCAGUUGAUUUGUAAUCUACUGGCUGAUGUUUUAACCAUUUGAUAUAUGUAUUGAUGUUUUUAUGUUCUGGUGGUUUAGGUUUGAACAAUUGAUGUAUGAAUAAAUGUGAAGUUAUAUAGUCUUUGCAUGAAAUAUUUUCCUCCUGA